AAGACCCGCCGAAUCAGGACCACACGAGUGCCUGUUCUAAAAAUACGUUUGGCCAAUAUGUUUGCAGUCAGUGAUGUUUAGGCUUUAAGCAGUGUGUUUAUUACCGCUAAGAGUUGGUUUUUGCUUCGAUCAGUCGGACAUUUGAUUUUUUCUAACCUGGAUAAAAGCUUGCAGAUGUAGUUAAAGCCUCGAUUUUAUAACAUCUGUGUGCAGAGCGAUCGUCAGCGCCAACAACACAACUUUAUCUAAGAAAAAAACAGCUCAACAACAAUAAAGACAAACACAGACGACAUGAAAAAACGCGAAGAUGCAGCUCAGGACCGUGAAGCCAGCUCUCUGCCAUCCUCACCUGUCAUUGCUGCUUUCAAGGUUUUCCAGCAGGAGCUUGACACCAAACAUGACAAAUACGAGCGCCUCAUUAAAAUCUCUCGAGACGUUACCAUUGAAAGCAAGAGGACCAUCUUCCUAUUGCAUAGAGUGACCAGUGUACCAAAUGCAGAGGAGAUUCUGAAUGAAGCAGAUGCCAAGCUGGAUGGAGUCAGACAAAAAAUUGGUCAAAUAGCCGAAGAGCUAAGAGGAGAGGACCUACAUCAAUUUCACAGAGCGUUCACUCCAGGGAUCCAGGAGUAUGUGGAGGCUGCCUCGUUUCUGCACUACAUCCGUCAUCGCAGCCUCAUCAGCCUGGAGGAGAUCAACGCUAGGCUGGUGUUCAUUGGAACAGAGAAGGGAGACAUCAGGGUCUCAGCAGACGCGCCGCCUGAAGGAGCUCAGGUCCUGACCUUCCAGGUGACGCCCUCGGACUACCUGCUCGGCGUGGCCGACCUGACCGGAGAGCUGAUGCGCAUGUGCAUCAGCAGCGUGGGCAACGGGGACAUCGACACGCCCUUCCAGCUGAGCCAGUUCCUGCGGCAGAUCCACGACGGCUUCUCCUACAUCGGCAACACGGGCCCGUACGAGAUCUCCAAGAAGCUGCACACGCUGCGCCAGAGCCUGGGCAAAGUGGAGGACGCCUGCUACACCCUGCGCGUCCGCGGCUCAGAGAUUCCCAAACACAUGCUGGCCGACGUGUUCUCCAGUAGGACCACGCUCAUGGACCCCGAGGAAGGAGUGGUUUAAUGCCUCGCGGCUCCAGCACAUUUGUUUAUGUUCUCACUGGUGUCAUUGUCUUCAGUUUUGCUCCAGUUCAAUGUUUGUGUGAAUUCUAAAUGGGAUCUGACAGCUUUGAUAUAUUCCAUGACAUGCUUGUUAAUGUUAUUUUUAUUAUUCCAGUAAAAACAGUGUUACAAUAGACAAUGGCUUUUCUUUCUUUGAUAAAGAUCUGAUGACUUCAGUUGUUUUGGAUGAAUUAAAGUCCUGUGCCAAAUAUG